UCGACGGAUGAAUAUGUAUUUUUAAAUAAUUAUUUUAAUUGUUGUUGCUGAUUCAAAAUAAAUGAUUGGGAUGUAAGAUUGUUUUAUAAUGUCUUCCAUUUUAAACCGAGCAAGUGAUAAAUAGUCUAUGUUAAAAGUGUGGACUAUAUUAUAAAUAGGCAAGAUGUCUGAUAUGAUUAUAAAUGACUCUGUGCCAGUGGACAAAAAAUGGAGUGAAUUAAUUAGGUACAACAUAUUUAUCAUGAAACUUGUGGAAUUUGUAAUGUCGUUGCUUCUCAUGAUAAUACCAUUUAUCUUGGGGCACGCCGGCGCUAUGCACUGCCUAGCGGACGCACCAACUCUCAUGUUAUCCAUAAUGUUCGUCGUACUCUACAUAGUGGACCAAGUGCAUGACUUAGCUGAGCAGUUAUAUAUACUUCUGCAGAUAGCAUUAAAUUUUGUGGCACUUCUACUAGUGCUGCUGCAACCUGGUGUUGGAACUAUAUAUGGACUAUUCUAUUGCCACUUAAUAGUUGCACUUUUAAUCGACCAGUAUUGUAUUUAUAAAGAAAGAGGUUUCUCUUUGAGUGGAGUUUGAAUAAAAUUAAUUGUGAACAAUGCUAGUAUUAUUCUGAUCUGCUUUAGUAUGUAAUAAUAAUGAGAUUGAGAUUAGAAUGUCUUACUUUUAGGUAGUGGCACUCCUGCUCAAUAUUCUACCCCAUAUUGUUGAACCAGUGGACUUACUGCAUUGUUUGGUAGCAGGUCCUACCUUAAUGCUUUCUACAUAUUUUAUGGUGCUUUAUGUUGUGGAUCAAGUUCAGUUUGAGGCGGAAAUGUAUUAUGCUUUAAUUGAGUUGAUUCUAUCAGUUUUAGCAUUAGUAAAUAUUUUUAUUGCACAAAAACUUGUUGGUGCAAUAUUUGGACUGUUUUAUCUAGACUUAAUUAUUGCAUUUUCUAUGGAUAUAUAUUACAUGCGUAAAGAACGAGGCCUUACACUUUGAAACAUUAAAAGCGUGAAGUUUACUGAGUUUUAUUUUGUUUCGCUUUAUGGAACAAUACCAUAUUGAUAUCAGUUAUAUCCUGUGAUAAUUCAUUCUUGUAAUCAGAGACUAUUACAAUGUUUUACAAUGUAGUUAAGAGGAAGAUAAAAAAUUAUUUUAAACACACCAUGUUUGCUUUAAUAAAAUUAAUGGUUAAUUUAUUGAGAAGAAAUAUAUACUGUAUGAUGUGGACAAUACUUGCAGUUAUUUUAAUGUUAAUAAUUUGUUUGAAUUUCCAAAGAGAAGAUAACCCAACCCAUGCAGUACCAUUGCUUGUUUGGUGGACCUCAAGCUUUCCAGGAACAACACAAAUUCGUUUUUGUUUAAAUAAUGUUAAGUGUAAUGUUGUUAGUGAUCAUGAAAACAUAAAUGUAAGUGAAGUUGAUGCUUUCCUAUUUUAUGGAAGUAAUUUAGAUUUUGACAAUUUGCCAUUGCCAAGACGACCAAAAGAUGUAAUUUGGGGCUUGUAUCAUGAAGAAUCACCAAGAAAUGUUGAGGAAUUAAUGCAUUUAGAACUAUUGGAACUAUUUAACUACUCAUCAACUUUCAGUGAACACAGUGAUGUCCCAUUUCCUUUGCAGUAUUUGGAUUCUUUUGAUGAUAUAACAAACUCAAAGUACUUUGUGCCAACAACUAUAAAAAAUGGUUUCAAAAAUAUUUCGGCUGUUAUGUACUUACAGACAGAUUGUGAAACUGCAACAGAAAGGGAUGAGUAUGUGAAAGAACUGAUGAAGUAUAUUCAAGUGGACUCCUAUGGAACUUGUCUUAAAAAUAAGGAUAUGCCAACAAGAUUUACCAUGGAUUACUUAAAUAAUUUGAAUGAUGACAGUUUUCUCCGCUUUAUUGCAAGAUACAAGUUCGUAUUGGCUAUUGAAAAUGGAGUUUGUGAUGAUUAUGUCACAGAAAAGUUUUGGCGUGCAAUCAAAACUGGUACAGUGCCUAUAUAUUUUGGCUCCCCAACAAUAAGGCAUUGGUUGCCAAAUGAAAAAUCAGCAAUUUUAUUAGAAGACUAUCCUUCACCUAAAGUAAUGAGUGAACAUAUAAAGAAAUUAGUGGAUAAUGAUAGCCUAUAUGAAACAUACUUGGAACACAAAACACAAAAGUUAAUUUCAAAUAAAAAACUCUUGGAUGAGUUUAGGUUAAGGCCUUAUCAAUUAGAUGCAUUGGAGGUUGUGAAGAAGUUUGAAUGUUUGAUUUGUGAGAAAGUUCAUGAUAAACGGUCUGGGAUCAUUGAAACAAAAAUGGUAAAUAAUUAUCACUAUAACUGCCCUAAACCUGUUUCUGCUUUAACAUUACAAGUAAAUCCUUCUAAUAACUGGGUGUUUUCCUGGUAUGAUUCGAAAUUUAGGGCAAAAGAAAUAAACAAACGAGUGAUGAAUAAAAUAUAAUAUAUUUUUAUACAAA